CCUCUUUCCCUUUCUCUCUUUCCCUUCUCCGCUCCUCUUCUUCUAUCCAGCGCUUCCGCCUUCUUUUCAUCUGUCGACACACCAACACUUCUUCAACAUGACUGCCAACAAAAUCAACGGAGGAACCGUCGUCGAGAUGCAGGGUGAUGAGAUGACCCGCAUCAUCUGGGAUGGCAUUCGCGACAAGUUGAUUCUUCCCUAUGUCGAUCUCGAUAUCAAGUACUUUGACCUCGGCAUGGAGUACCGUGAUCAGACUGAUGACCAAGUCACGAUCGAUGCUGCUGAGGCUAUCAAGAAGUACAAGGUCGGCAUCAAGUGUGCCACCAUCACCCCCGACGAGGCUCGUGUCGAGGAGUUCAAGUUGAAGAAGAUGUGGAAGUCCCCCAACGGAACCAUCCGCAACAUUUUGGGAGGUACUGUUUUCCGUGAGCCCAUUCUCUGCAAGAACAUCCCCAGAUUGGUCCCUGGCUGGACCCAGCCCAUUAUUCUAGGACGUCACGCCUUUGGCGACCAGUACAAGGCCACCGAUCUUGUUGUCGAUGGCCCUGGCCGCUUGGAAUUGGUGUUCACCCCUGCUGAUGGAUCGGAGAAGAAGAAUAUGGUCGUCUACGACUUUGAGGGACCCGGCGUUGCCAUGGGCAUGUAUAACCACGAUGAGUCGAUCACUGGAUUCGCUCACUCCUGCUUCAAGGUCGCUCUUGAAAAGUCAUAUCCUCUCUACUUGUCAACCAAGAACACCAUUUUGAAGAAGUACGAUGGACGCUUCAAGGAUAUCUUCGAGGAGAUCUAUGAGCGCGACUACAAGGAGCAGUUCGAGGCCAAGAAGAUCUGGUACGAGCACCGCCUCAUCGACGACAUGGUCGCGCAGAUGCUCAAGUCAUCUGGAGGAUUCGUCUGGGCCUGCAAGAACUAUGACGGUGAUGUUCAGUCAGAUAUUGUUGCCCAGGGUUAUGGAUCUCUCGGCUUGAUGACCUCGGUCCUUCUGACUCCUGAUGGCCAGUGCUGCGAGGCUGAGGCCGCCCACGGCACAGUCACCCGUCACUACCGCGAGCACCAGAAGGGUCGCGAGACCUCAACCAACCCCAUUGCCUCCAUCUUUGCCUGGACCCGUGGUCUCGAGUUCCGUGCCAAGAUCGACAACAACGAGGCCUUGAAGGAAUUCGCCCAGCAGCUCGAGACUGUCUGCAUUGACACCAUUGAGGCUGGAGACAUGACCAAGGACUUGGCCUUGAUUAUCCACGGCAAGGGCAUGAAGCGUGAGCACUACCUCAACACUUUUGAGUUCUUGGAUCGUCUUGCUGAGAACUUGCAGAAAAAGCGAAGCGCGUAAAAUGGAGAAUGUCGGCACUUUUGAUAUCAUUGUACACACCCUUGUUUCAACAAUAAAAAAAAGAAAAAAAAUAGCUAUAUGAAAGGG